CGUUUCCAUCUUCUCUUCCUCUUCCUCCCAACUCCCAAAAGGCCUGGUAGUGGUCAGACUCACAUGUAGCAGGCAGCUACCAAUCGGCCACCACGUGCUAUAACCGCUAGUAAUCACGUGCGCGAGUUUCAGCUUACCUACCAACAACUGCAACAAAGAAGAGAGUAUUGAAGCUCGACCUGUACAUUUUUUUUCCUUUUUAUUCGAAGGACCGCAGUUGAAUAUUAUAAGCCUAUAUAUACUCAAGCGUUCCGAUACUUGCCGUCAUUGCCACAUCAUAUUUUGCAACGUUCAUAAUUAUAUUAUAGCUUAUAAGCAUGGGGUCGGAGAGUGAGUCCGUUUGCGUCACCGGUGCGUCUGGUUUUAUCGGAUCAUGGCUCGUCAUGAGGCUCCUAGAGCGCAAUUACUCCGUCCGAGCCACCGUGCGCGACCCAGAUAAUAUGAAGAAGGUGAAACAUUUGCUAGAGCUGCCGAAGGCGAAGACGCACUUGACGCUCUGGAAGGCUGACCUCGCCGAUGAGGGAAGCUUCGAUGAUGCAAUCAAAGGGUGCGCCGGAGUUUUCCAUGUCGCCACUCCCAUGGACUUUGAGUCCAAGGACCCUGAGAAUGAAGUGAUUAAGCCAACGAUAAACGGAUUGUUAGGCAUAAUGAAUGCAUGUGUCAAAGCAAAAACUGUUCGAAGACUGGUUUUCACAGCAUCUGCAGGUUCUGUCAACGUUGAAGAGCACCAAAAGCCAGUCUACGAUGAAAGCUGCUGGAGUGACGUUGAAUUUUGCAGGGCCAAAAAGAUGACUGGAUGGAUGUAUUUCGUCUCCAAGACACUUGCUGAGCAAGCCGCGUGGAAGUUUGCCAAAGAGAAUGGUCUGGAUUUUAUCACCAUUAUACCACCUCUUGUGGUCGGUCCAUUCAUCAUGCCAUCAAUGCCACCCAGUCUUAUAACUGCACUGUCCCUUAUCACCGGAAAUGAAGCUCAUUACUCGAUAAUUAAGCAAGGGCAAUUCGUUCACUUGGAUGACCUCUGCAUUGCUCACAUAUUUUUGUAUGAGCAUCCAAAAGCGGAGGGGAGGUAUAUAUGCUCCGCCGAAGAUGCCACAAUUCACGACAUUGCAAAGUUGCUCAGAGAAAAAUACCCCGAGUAUAACAUUCCUACAAAGUUGAAAGGCAUCGAAGAGAAGUUGGACAUUGUCUCUUUCUCUUCAAAAAAGGUGAAAGAAUUGGGGUUUCAGUUCAAAUACAGCUUGGAGGACAUGUUUGUAGGAGCUGUUGAAACAUGCCGAGCCAAGGGUUUGCUUCCUCCUGCCGCCGGUAAUUAAAAACCAUGUCAACGGCACGAGCAAGGGUUGAAAUUGUGUCGGCCGGCAUGUUGCGUGACAAGGUUUUACGUUGGUGAAGUAAAAAUAAAAUUAAAAAAAAUGAAAUCAUCUUUCAGCCUAGCUAUGAGAUGAGUGCAUGAGUGGUAUCUGCUAAUGUUAAUUUUCUCAUUUUAUUCAAAGUUGUUAUCUGGAUUAAUAAUCUGUUCAAAAAUUUAAAUAUAUCUAUGAUUAAUUCUAUGAGAGAAUUGUUGAGGUU